AUCCGCUCUCCUCCCCCCUCAGCCCCUCUGGAUGGCCACUGGACCAUGGCUUGUUAUACUCUAUAGAAACUCUGAUAGUUCAGUGGUCUGGACAGAUAUGGAACGUGCUGAAGAAAGACUCUGGCAUGGCGCUGCUCCAGGGUGGUCACCCAGGCCCCAACGUGGAGCUCCAGUUCUGGGCUACUCAGCGGGAAAACCUGCUGGGCAUCCAGUCGCAAAUCCAGAGCUCCAAAGUGGAGCAGAUUAUGGAGAUCCUGAGAAAAGUCAAGAGCAGUUACUACUCUGCCUUUAAGGACAUCUGCCUCAAAGUGGAUGAGGCGGUACUGGAAGCAGAGGACAUAGAUUUGUAUCUACGCCCUCUGAGGAGACUGAUCAGCAGUUUAGAAGAGAGGAGUUUUCCACAGGUGGAUACUCUGCUGCCUCCUCUCUUCCACACACUCUGCCUCAUCUGGAGUCAUUCCCAGUACUACUGCACCCCACAGCGCAUGGUGGUCCUCCUGCAGGAGUUCUGCAACUUGAUAAUCGACAAGGCCUUUUCCUACCUCAUCCCUGAAGAACUGUUUAAGAUGGAGCUGGAGGAGGGGAUGGAAAGGGUACAGAUAAGCAUCUCAGUUCUGCGCACCUUGAAGCAGCUGUUUCACACUCACCGCCAGCAGAUCCCUAAUUAUUACAGACACAGCCAGAACGUCAAGCUCUGGGACUUUCCAGCGACGCUCGUGUUUAAGCGCACAGAUUGCAUCAUGGAGAGGCUUCUUAUGAUCGAGGAACUUUUUGCAACCGCUCUGGAUUUCCUGAAGCUGGAGAAGAUCGAAUUAGGUGGUUCCAGAGGGAAAAUCCUAAGCAACAUGGUCUUCAGCAUGAGCGAGGAGUUUCAUGACCACUGGCGGACUCUCCGAGAGAGCAAAUAUGACCCUUUGGACUACACUAAUGAUGAGUUUGUGCGUCACUACAGACGAUUUGUGGAACAGAACAGAGAUUUUGACCAGAGGCUGGGAACUGUCCUCAAUUUGGCUUUUCAGCACUCCAAAAACCUGAAGUCAACCUUUAAGUUACUGAAAAUUUUCGGCACCCUGCUCGAGAGACCCAGAAUCCACCAACUGUUUUCUCCUAAUUACACCGUGUUGUUGUCCAUGUUCAACCAGGAAAUAGACCACUGUCAGUUUCUACUUGAUCACCACAGAAAUGGGCUACAGUCAGGCUCUGCACUCCUGGGAAAAAAUAUGCCAUCUGUGGCUGGUAACCUCAAAUGGUCGCAGGAGCUUCGGAGUCGGAUCCUCACCAACAGGAGCAACCUCUGCCAACUGGCCCACAUGCCUCUGGGUAGUGCUGAGGCAGACGAUGUGCUCCUGAAGUGUGAACGGGUUCUUGGGGUCUUGGACCAGCAGGACGAGGAACUGUUCUCAGAGUGGACCCAGGGGCUGGAGGACACGUGUCAAACGCACCUCAACGAACCGCUGUUGACACUGGACACUGACACAGGCCUGUUCCAGGUCAACUUUAGUCCUGCUCUGACAUCUGUGCUGAGGGAGGUGAAGUAUCUGGGCAUGCUGAAGAACCAAAACAUCCCCAAAGCAGCUCUUCACCUCUAUUCUAAACGAGAGAAGCUGUACAUGUACACACAAACACUGACCUUGGUGACCCAGUGGUACAACCAGCUCCACAGUACCAUCCUGGCCGUAGAGAUGGGUUUGGUGAAAGAUGAGAUGGAUGGGAUGAGACGACAGCUGGAUCCGGCCCUUGGAGAGCUGACCUGGGCUCAGGAUGAGCUGUGGGACUACAUCCAGGGAACACGAGACCUGGUCAAGAGCAUUUCUAGUCGCGUCCAGAAGAGUAAAGCUAACGUUGAGGCCAUCCAGGCUCUUAUGGGCAAAUUCAGCAACCGGGCGUUCAUCACGAGAAAGAGCCGCGACUCUACCCUCCUCGUCUUCUCUGACAUUGAAGACAGCGUCUCCAAACAGCACGUUCUCAUCACCACCACUGGGGAGCAGAUACACAAGCUGCUGCAGGAGAACCAGUCUCUGCUCGGUGUGACUAACCUAGACAGCAGCGAAUGGCAGGCCUACACGGAGUAUGUUGACCGGAUGAUCCUCUCUGGCUUCUCCAGCGCAGUCCGCUGCUCCCUGCAGUACCUGAUGGACAACACAGAUGCAGCCCAGCGCCUCACUCCGCUGUUUGAGGUCCAGCUGGUGCUCAACAGCAAUGAGAUGACCUUUGAGCCUCCGUUGGACUUGAGCCACAGUGGUAACUUCUAUGACAUCGUGGAUAAGAUGGUGGCCAACAUCACUAGGAUGGCAUCGUUCAUUCCCAGAGUGGCCACCCACAAACAGCUGGAUAACUAUCAGUGUGACAUAAAUGAAAUGGAGGAUUUGUCAGAGAUGUGUCAGAUAAUCCGCUCGCGGGCACGUGCAGCUGUCGCCAAGGUCAGGGAAUAUCAGGCAUCGUUUUCCAGCUACCGCUACCUCUGGACUGAUGACAGGUCUGAAUUUAUGAGACAGUUCCUGCUUUAUGGCCAUGUGUUAAGUACAGAGGAGGCUGAGCUCUAUGCCGACUAUGAACUAAAAAAGAACCCUCCCACCCUGGACAACUUUAAAGAACAAAUCAACUUGUUUGAGUCUCUGUAUGUAAGAGUGAGUAAAAUGGAGGACACAAGGGUGUUUUGCGGUUGGCUGCAGCUGGACAUCAGACCCUUCAAGCACACACUGAUGAAUGUCAUCAAGAGGUGGAGCUGGAUGUUCAAAGAGCACCUACUCAACCACGUUAACGAGAGCGUGAGGGAACUAUCCUCCUUUGUCCAGGACACGGCCCGCGGCCUCUCCGCUAAGGUGUCAGAUGGAGACUACACAGGCCUCGUGGACAUCAUGGGACACCUCAUGGCCAUAAGAGAUAGACAGAUCAGCAACGAACAGCACUUCAAACCACUCAAGUCUACUGCGGAGCUCCUCAAGACCUAUGGACAGCAACUUCCAGAGAGCGUCUACACACAGCUGGAAGAGCUGCCUGAAAGGUGGAAAAGCCUCAAAAAAAUCGCCUUCACGGUCAAACAUGAAGUGGCGCCAUUACAGUCAAAUGAAGUCGCAGUUAUACGGAGGAAAUGUGUUCGGUUUGAGGUCAAGCAAUAUGAGUUCAGAGAACAAUUUCGUACUGAAUCAAUCUUUAAGAUCAAUUUGGAGGAGCCGUAUAAAUUAAUGGAUAAGUCUAACAGAGCGGUAGCAGUGAUGGAGACGGAGAUGAAGAAACUGCAGGACACAGCCGAUCUGUUUGAGGUCAGCUUCCCGGAGUACAAGCAGCUGCGCCAGUGCCGCUCCGACAUCAUACUCGUCAAAGCCGUCUGGGACAUGGUCAUCUUUGUGAAGACCAGUAUACUGGACUGGACCAAGACUCCAUGGAAAGAGAUCAACGUUGAGCAGAUGGACAUGGAGCUCCGGCGCUUUGCUAAAGAGAUGAAGAUGCUGGAUAAGGAGGUGCGGGUGUGGGAUGUCUAUAUGGGGCUGGAGUCGACUGUGAAAAACCUGUUGACCUCUCUGAGAGCCAUCAAUGAGCUGCAAAACUCUGCUGUCAGGGAGAGACACUGGCAGCAGCUGAUGAACACCACUGGGGUCAGGUUUGUGAUGGGGGAGGGCACCACCCUGGGGGACCUCUUGGAACUGCAGCUUCAUCGUGUGGAGGAUGAAGUUAAGAACAUAGUGGACAAGGCUGUGAAAGAAAUGGCCAUUGAGAAGGUUUUGGCAGAGAUAACCCAGACAUGGAGUGUUAUGUCUCUGUCAUAUGAGACUCAUACCAGCACAGGGACACCUCUGCUCAAAGCUGAUGAAAAUCUGAUAGAGACACUGGAGGACAACCAGGUGCAGCUGCAGAACAUCCUGAUGAGUAAGUACGUGGAGUAUUUCCAGGCGGAAGUAAGCGGAUGGCAGAGGAAGCUGAUGGUGGCUGACCUGGUCAUCUCCUCUUGGAUGUCCGUCCAGAAGACCUGGGCCCACCUUAACAGUAUCUUUACCAACAGCCAUGACAUCCGCUGCCAGCUGGCCAAUGACGCCGAACGCUUUCAGGGAAUACACACCGACUUCCAGAAUUUGAUGACUGAAGUGGUUCAGAACAGUAAUGUAGUAGAGGUAACCAACCAGACUGGGUUCCUGGAGAACCUGGAAACGUUACAGCAGCGCCUGUCUGUAUGUGAGAAGGCCCUGGCGGAGUACCUCGAGACCAAGAGGCUCACAUUCCCCAGAUUUUAUUUUGUCUCUGCUUCAGAUCUGCUGGAGAUCGUCUCAAAGGGAACACAACCAAAACAGGUGACCAGACACUUACUGAAGCUGUUUGACAACAUAGCAGAUCUUCGCUUCAAGGAAUCAGAUGGAGGCGGAGGAAGGGAGGAGGAUGGGCCGGCAGUUGCUAUAGGGAUGUACAGUCGCGAGGGAGAAUAUGUUUCAUUCUCUGAGCCAUGUGCCUGUGAAGGACAGGCGGAGUGCUGGUUAAGUGCCUUAGAAAGCACCAUGCGCUGCACAGUUCGGAAGGAGAUUCAAGAGGCUGUAGCUGCCUACGAGGACAAACCACGAGACCAGUGGCUCUUUGACUACCCUGCACAGGUUGGGUUGACUGGUAGUCAGGUGUGGUGGGCCACAGACGUGGGCAUCACUUUUGAGAGGGUGGAGGAAGGGUUUGAAACAGCUCUCAAAGACUACAACAGAAAACAGAUCACGCAGCUAAACUCGCUAAUCCACAUGCUUCUGGGAGAUUUAACUCCUGGAGACAGACAGAAAAUCAUGACCGUCUGCACCAUUGACGUCCAUGCUCGAGAUGUCGUCGCCAGUCUCAUCACUCAAAAGGUGACAACAGGGCAAGCAUUUGCCUGGCUGUCCCAGUUACGCCAUCGCUGGGAUGAAGAAACGAGACACUGCUACGUUAACAUCUGUGACGCACAGUUUCAGUUCAGCUAUGAAUACCUGGGGAACACUAACAGACUGGUCAUCACCCCGCUCACCGACCGGUGUUACAUAACCUUGACCCAGUCACUCCACCUGACAAUGAGCGGUGCCCCAUCAGGCCCAGCUGGCACUGGUAAAACUGAGACCACUAAAGACCUUGGGCGAUCCCUGGGCAUCAUGGUGUAUGUGUUCAACUGCUCAGAACAAAUGGAUUACAAGUCUAUAGGUAACAUCUAUAAGGGUCUGGCUCAGACAGGAGUGUGGGGCUGCUUUGAUGAAUUCAACAGGAUCUCAGUGGAUGUUCUGUCUGUGGUAGCCGUGCAAGUCAAGACUAUACAGGACGCUGUACGUAACAAAAAACAGAGGUUUCAUUUCCUGGGAGAGGAGAUUGAGCUGAAGCCAACAGUGGGAAUCUUCAUCACUCUGAACCCCGGUUAUGCUGGCAGGGCUGAGCUCCCAGAGAACCUUAAGGCCCUAUUCAGGCCCUGUGCGAUGGUGAUCCCAGACUUUGAGCUGAUCUGUGAGAUCAUGUUGGUGGCUGAAGGAUUCAUAGAUGCACGUCUGCUGGCGCGCAAAUUCAUCAGCCUCUACACCCUGUGUAAAGAGCUGCUGUCCAAACAAGAUCAUUACGACUGGGGUUUACGAGCUAUCAAAUCUGUCCUGGUUGUGGCUGGAUCUUUGAAGAGAGAGGACCGGAGCAGACCUGAGGAGCAGGUGCUGAUGCGGGCCCUGAGGGACUUCAACCUUCCGAAAAUAGUGACCAGUGAUGUCCCCAUAUUCCUCGGGCUGAUCAGCGACCUGUUUCCACAGCUGGACGUGCCCAGGAAGAGAGAUCCUAAACUAGAAAACGCUGUUCGCCAGUCAGUCAGUGAGCUGCGUCUGCAGCCGGAGGAAAACUUCAUACUUAAGGUGACCCAGCUGGAGGAGCUGCUGGCUGUCAGGCAUUCUGUGUUCAUAGUGGGUGGACCUGGCACAGGAAAAAGCCAGAUACUGAAGACCCUCCACAGGACGUACGCCAACAUGAAGAAGAAGCCAGUGUGGAACGAUAUCAACCCUAAAGCUGUUACCACAGAUGAGCUGUUUGGAUACCUGCACCCUGCAACCAGAGAGUGGAAGGAUGGUCUGUUCUCCUCUACCAUGAGAGAGCUGACCUCAGUGAGCCAUGAUGGACCCAAAUGGAUUGUUCUGGAUGGGGAUAUUGACCCCAUGUGGAUCGAAUCACUCAACACGGUCAUGGAUGACAAUAAGGUUCUGACUCUCGCCAGCAAUGAAAGAAUCAGCUUGUCCUCCUCCAUGCGACUACUGUUUGAAAUUUCUCACCUGAAGGCUGCUACUCCAGCUACAGUGUCCAGGGCAGGAAUACUCUAUGUUAAUCCACAGGACCUUGGCUGGAGCUCUUAUGUAACAAGUUGGAUAGACACCCGACGGGCCCAGUCUGAGCGAGCCAAUCUCACCAUUUUGUUUGACAAGUAUGUUCCCUACUGCCUGGAACAAGUCCGCUGCAACCUGAAAACCAUCACUCCAAUUCCAGAGAACAGCAUGGUGCAGACACUGUGCUGCUUGUUGGACUGCCUCAUGACCGAGGACAACACUCCAGCUGACUCUCCCAGAGAACUUUAUGAAAUCUACUUUGUCUUCGCCUGUGUCUGGGCUUUUGGAGGGGCUCUCUUUCAGGAUCAUCUGAAUGACCACCGGGCCGAAUUCAGCCGCUGGUGGUCUAAAGAGAUGAGAGCCGUGAAGUUUCCCUCGCAGGGCACCGUCUUCGACUAUUUCAUUGACUCUGAGACUAAGAAGUUCACUCACUGGAGUGAGAAGAUGGUGCCAUUUGAGCUGGAGCCCGACGUACCGUUACAGACCGUGCUGGUCCACACCCCAGAAACCAUCUGUCUCACAUACUUCAUGGACCUGCUGCUCCAGAGAGGAAAGCCUAUCAUGUUAGUGGGCAACGCGGGAGUGGGCAAGACCAUCCUGGUGUCUGAUAAAGUCACCAAGCUGAAAGAGAACUUCGUGGUGGCAAAAGUCCCCUUCAACUAUUACACCACAUCAGCCAUGCUGCAGCGUGUCCUGGAGAAACCUCUGGAGAAGAAGGCGGGUCGUAAAUUUGCUCCUCCGACGGCUAAGAGACUCAUCUACUUCAUAGAUGACCUCAACAUGCCUGAGGUGGAUGUUUACGGGACGGUCCAGCCGCAUACGCUCAUCCGCCAGCAUCUCGACUACAACCACUGGUAUGACAGACAACGGUUGGUACUGAAGGAAAUACACAACUGCCAGUAUAUCACCUGCAUGAAUCCUACAGCUGGAAGCUUCUCUAUCAACCCCAGACUACAGAGACACUUCUCUGUGUUUGCGGUGCAUUUCCCCAGCGCCGACGCUUUAGCCACCAUCUUCUCCAGUAUCUUGUCGGCUCACUUCCUUCAGGGGGGUUUCAGCUACGGGGUAUCUCGCUCAGUUGGAACUCUCGUGCAGGCGGCAAUCUGUCUGCAUCAGAAAAUCAGCCAGAACUUCCUCCCCACAGCCAUACGCUUCCACUAUAUCUUCAACCUGCGAGACCUCUCCAACAUAUUCCAGGGCAUCCUGUUCGCCCUGCCAGAAAGUGUUCGUUACCCCAUGGACCUGGUUCACCUGUGGCUCCACGAGAGCUCCAGGGUUUAUUCUGAUAAACUCAUGGAGGAGAAGGAUGUGGAGCUCUUCAAUAAAAUCCUUCUGGACACGGGCAAGAGAUAUUUUGAGGGAAUAGAUGAGUCCAUCUUCAUCCACCAGCCUUUGGCGUACUGUCACUUUGCCCUGGGUAUGGGAGAGGCUCGCUAUCAUCAGGCGUCAGACUGGGAGAAGCUCCAGAAGACACUGGCUGAAGCCCUGGAGCAUUAUAAUGAGCUCCACGCUGUCAUGGACCUGGUGCUGUUUGAAGAAGCUAUCCAGCAUGUAUGUCGCAUCAGUCGCAUCCUGGAGGCCCCCUACGGUAACGCCCUGCUCGUGGGGGUCGGAGGCAGUGGGAAGCAGAGUCUGUGCCGACUGGCUGCCUUCCUCAGCAUGCUGGAGGUUUUCCAGAUCACGCUGCGUAAAGGAUACGGCAUCAAUGACCUCAAGAGUGAUUUGGCAGCGUUGUACAUAAAGGUGGGAGUGAAGAACAUCGGGACGGUGUUCCUUCACACAGACGCCCAGAUUCCAGAUGAACGCUUCCUGGUGCUCAUCAAUGAUAUGCUGGCCUCAGGGGAUAUUCCGGACCUGUUUAGUGAUGAAGAAGUGGAUAUGAUUGUUACAUCCAUCCGUAUGGAGCUGAGGGGACUGGGACUCAUGGAUAGCAGAGACAACUGCUGGAGCUUUUUCAUCGAGCGAAUACGAAGACAGCUCAAGGUCGUCUUGUGUUUCUCUCCAGUCGGAUUCACGUUGCGCACACGUGCUCGGAAGUUUCCAGCUCUGGUAAAUUGUACUGCCAUCGACUGGUUCCACCCUUGGCCUCAACUCGCUCUGCAGUCCGUCAGCACGACCUUCAUAGACAAGAUACCUGGACUGGAGCCAAAUGUGAGGGCAUCUAUCAGUGAGUUCAUCUCCUACGCUCACACAAGUGUCAACGAGGUGAGUGUCAAGUACCAGCAGAAUGAGAAGCACUUCAACUACACCACUCCGAAGAGUUUCCUCGAGUUUAUGAAGCUGUACGACAACCUGCUGAGGAAGAAACGCACAGAGCUCACGCAGAAGAUGGAAAGGCUAGAGAACGGACUGCAGAAGCUGCAGACUACUGCCUCACAGGUGGAGGAUCUUAAAGCCAAGCUAGCGGUGCAGGAGGUGGAGCUGUGGCAGAGGAACACAGACAUCGAAGCUCUCAUUGCUCAGAUAGGACAGCAAACGGACAAGCUCAACCUAGAGAGAGCUGUAGCUGAUGCUGAGGAGCAACGGGUGGCGGCAAUUCAGUCCAAAGUUAGCAAACAGCAGCAGGAGACGGAGGAAGACUUGGCCAAGGCUGAACCCGCCCUGCAGGCAGCCAACACAGCCCUCAACACACUAAACAGGUUGAACCUGACAGAGCUGAGGACGUUUCCCAACCCUCCAGCUAUUGUCACCAACGUCUCAGCAGCUGUUCUGGUGCUGCUGUCUCCCCAAGGACGAAUCCCUAAAGAUCGUAGCUGGAAGGCUUCCAAGGUGGUCAUGAGCAAGGUGGAUGACUUCCUGCAGGCUCUGGUGAAUUUUGACAAAGAGCACAUCCCCGAGGCCACGGUGAGGUGUGUGAGAGACGAGUACCUCAGUGACCCAGAGUUCAACCCCGACUUUGUGCGACAGAAAUCCUCCGCUGCUGCAGGGCUCUGUGCCUGGGUGAUCAACAUCGUACGCUUCCACGAGAUAUUUGUGUUCUGCGAGGUGGAGAUGAAGAGGUUAUGUCUGUCCCAGGCCAAUGCUGAUUUGGCUGAGGCUGCUGAGAAGCUGGAGGCUAUCAGGAAAAAACUUGCUGAGCUGGAUAGUAGUCUGGAAACUCUGACUACAGCAUUUGAGACAGCUACAUCAGAAAAACUUCGCUUUCAGGAGGAGGUCAACCACACCAACAAGACCAUAGAACUAGCUAAUCGGCUGGUGAAAGGGCUUGAGAGUGAGAACGUGCGCUGGGCUCACUCAGUGGCUCAGUACCACGAACAAGAGGAAACCCUCUGUGGGGAUGUCCUCCUAACAGUGGCCUUCAUCUCUUACGCUGGUUCCUUCUCUAAGAAGUAUAGGAGAGAGCUAGUGGACAACCUCUGGAUGCCGUUCCUGUGCAGCCAGAAGAUGCCCAUCCCUAUGACAGGAGGCUUAGACCCAGUGUCGAUGUUGACUGAUGACGCAAUGGUGGCCCAGUGGAAUAACGAAGGCUUGCCAGGAGACAAAAUGUCCACUCAGAAUGCCACCAUCCUCACUAACUGUGAGCGCUGGCCUCUCCUCAUUGACCCUCAGCUGCAGGGCAUCAAGUGGAUCAAGAGUCGCCAUGGUAACAGCCUCAAGGUUGUCAGUCUAGGGCAGAGAGGAUAUGUAGACGUUAUUGAACAGGCUGUAGUUGCAGGGGACACUGUCCUCAUUGAAAACCUUGAGGAGACCAUUGACCCUGUCAUUGACCCUCUGCUCGGGCGACACACAAUCAAGAAGGGCAGUUGUAUAAAGGUUGGGGACAAAGAGUGUUUCUUCCACCCAACCUUCAGGCUGAUUCUCCACACUAAGUUGGCCAAUCCUCACUACAAGCCAGAGAUUCAAGCCCAGACCACGCUCAUCAAUUUUACAGUGACCAGGGACGGGUUGGAAGACCAGCUCCUGGCACAGGUGGUAAAUCAGGAGAGACCGGACCUUGAGCACCUAAAGAGUGAACUGACUUUACAGCAGAACAUGUUUAAGAUUGAGCUGAAGCUUCUGGAGGACGAGCUGCUAACCAGGCUGUCGGCCGCGGAGAGUAACUUCCUUGGUGACAAUGUGCUGGUGGAGAAACUGGAGACCACGAAGCACACUGCUGCUGAGAUUGAGAUGAAGGUUCUGGAAGCUAAAGUUAAUGAAGUGAAGAUAAAUGAAGCUAGAGAACACUAUCGGCCGGUUGCCGUCAGAGCUUCUCUGCUCUACUUCAUCAUGAAUGACCUCAACAAGAUCAACCCCAUGUACCAGUUCAGCCUCAAGGCGUUUAAUGUUGUUUUCCACAAGGCGGUGGAGAUGGCAGAGGCAAGUGAGGAUGUAAAGAGCAGAGUCAACACACUCAUAGACUGUGUUACAUACUCCACCUUCAACUACAUCAGCAGGGGACUGUUUGAGAGAGACAAGCUCACCUUUACUGCACAGCUAGCCUUCCAGUUGCUCCUGAUGAGUAAGGAGAUAGACGUGCGGGAGCUGGACUUCCUGCUUCGCUUUAACAUUGACCACAACUACGUCUGCCCCCUUGACUUUCUUUCCAACUCAGCAUGGAGCGCCAUCAAGGUGAUGAGUUUUACUGAUGAGUUCCGAGGUCUAGACCGGGACAUCGAGGGCUCCCCCAAGCGCUGGAAGAAGCUGGUGGAGUCUGAGUGUCCGGAGAAGGAGAAGUUCCCUCAGGAGUGGAAGGGGAAAAGUUCUCUGCAGAAGCUGAUCAUGAUGAGAGCUCUGAGACCGGACCGCAUGACCUACGCUCUUAGGAACUUUGUGGAAGAGAAGCUUGGAGUGAAGUACACAGAGGGCCGCAAGACUGAUUUUGCAAAGUCCUUCAGGGAAAGUGGUCCAGCCUCUCCCGUGUUUUUCAUCCUCUCCCCUGGAGUGGACCCGCUCAAAGAUGUGGAAUCACUGGGAAGAAAACUGGGUUUCACUAUUGAUCUUGGGAAGCUUCACAAUGUCUCCCUGGGUCAAGGACAGGAGACCGUGGCAGAGGUUGCCAUGGAGAAGGCCUCCAAGGAGGGUCACUGGGUUAUAUUGCAGAACAUCCACCUGGUUGCCCGCUGGCUGGGGGCACUUGAGAAGCUCUUGGAGCGCUGCUGUGAAGACAGUCAUCCAGACUACAGAGUGUUUAUGAGCGCCGAGCCAACAUCUACGCCCCAGGAACAUAUUAUCCCACAGGGUAUUCUGGAAAACGCUAUUAAGAUCACCAAUGAGCCUCCUACUGGGAUGCAUGCCAAUCUGCAUGCUGCUCUGGAUAACUUUGACCAGGACAUCCUGGACCAGUGCAGCCGCGAACAGGAGUUUAAGACCAUCCUCUUCUCACUGUGCUACUUCCAUGCCUGUGUAGCAGAGAGGAGGAAGUUUGGACCUCAGGGUUGGAACCGAAAGUAUCCGUUCAACACGGGAGACCUGACGAUAUCCGUUAAUGUCCUCUACAACUACCUGGAGGCUAACGCACAGGUGCCAUGGGAGGACCUGAGGUAUCUGUUCGGGGAGAUCAUGUAUGGAGGACACAUCACUGAUGACUGGGACAGACGGCUCUGCAGAACGUACCUGGAGGAGUACAUGCAGCCCAACCAGUUUGACCGGAAGCUUUCUUUAGCGCCUGGGUUUGUCGUCCCCUCCAACCUGGACUACCAGGGCUACCAUGAUUUCAUAGACGAGAUGCUGCCCCACGAGAGCCCGGUGCAUUAUGGGUUGCAUCCCAACGCAGAGAUUGAGUUCCUGACAGUGACGUCAGAUAACCUUUUUCACACUCUGCUGGAGCUGCAGUCUCCUGAUGCUGUGAUGGGGGAGGGAGUUUCCCAGACGCUGGAGGAGAAGGUGAAAACUAUUUUAGAUGAAGUGCUGGAAAAGCUGCCUGAGGAGUACAACAUGUCAGACAUCACCUCCAAGACGGCUGAGCGGUCGCCGUACAUCCUGGUCUGCUUCCAGGAAUGUGAGCGCAUGAACACACUCACCAGUGAGAUACGCCGCUCCCUGAAGGAGCUCGACCUUGGACUCAAGGGUGAACUGGCCAUGUCCUCUGAGAUGGAGAAGCUGCAGACGGCUUUGUUCUUCGACAACGUCCCUGAUACUUGGACCAAGCUGGCCUACCCCUCUAUCUACAGCCUGGCUAUAUGGUAUAAUGAUGUGAUGCAGCGUUGUAAAGAGCUGGACAGUUGGACCCAGGAUCUGUCUCUGCCCAGUGUCGUCUGGCUGUCUGGACUUUUCAACCCCCAGUCCUUCCUCACUGCCGUGAUGCAGUCUCUGGCUCGAAAGAACGAGUGGCCUCUGGACAAAGUGAAUCUCACGGUGGACGUGACCAAGAAGUUUAAGGAAGAGUUCAACCAGCCAGCCAGGGAGGGCGCAUAUGUGUAUGGACUUUACAUGGAAGGUGCGAGGUGGGACAUCCAGACUGGGGUGAUCACCGAGGCCCGCCUGAAAGACCUGACCCCAGCCAUGCCCGUCAUCUCGGUUCGAGCUGUGCCCAACGACCGCCAAGAGACCAGAAAUAUCUACGAGUGUCCGCUCUACAAGACCAAGAUCAGAGGACCCACAUAUGUGUGGACUUUAAGCCUCAAAACGAGGGAACGGCCUGCUAAAUGGGUCCUGGCUGGAGUGGCUCUGCUGCUCAGUGUCUGAGAGAGAGUUUAGUCUCAGGUGAAGAUUCAUACGUUUGGCGUUUUAAAAGAGCUUUCUUUACUUCCAUCCUGUACUUAACUCAACACUUAACUCUGCAAAUACCGGAUGCUCUAGUAGAUCAAAAUCACUGUAACCAAGCGGAUGUCUUUCCUUUUUAUUGAAAAAAGAUAAAAUAUACAGAAAGAAAUGCCAAAAAUUCACACACUAGAUCACAGUUAGAACUGAUAAAGUCAAAGCAGGUUUUGAACAAAUCAAAUCUACAAACUACAAGAUAAGCAGGAGAAAAAACAAAGGACAACGCUGCCUCAUUAGAGCGACAUUCAAGUGUGUUAUUCUCUUACAGUAUGUUACGCAGCGGUUUUAAUAGCGCGUUAAGUUACACAGGUGAAGUCAUUCUGACGACAUGACGAGACGACCACUUAUUGUCUCUUUGCUCCUUCCUACUUCACAGUACACAUGGGUGUAGUAUUCAUCCAUUUAAUAAAAAAAAAAAUAAUAACAAAAAGAAAUGUGUG